UCGUAAGUUUACCUUAUCCGCAGUCUGCAUUCGUGCAUUACCCCGGCCCCGACUUGAAGUGAAGUCCCUCAAAAGUCAGAUAAGUAUUUUGACAGAUAUGAAACUUUUCUCGUCAUCUUCUUUAACAGUUUUUUAUGGAAAAUGAUCGAAACGAGUGACUUUUUCAGCAAAACUGUGCAGCAUCUUGCACGGUCGCUGGCGCACAUUGAAAAAACACCGUGGGAGAAGGUGUCAAGUCUUUUCAACCUUUGCCCUGUUAAAAGUGCAAAAGGGGAAUACAAAUUGGACCACCGUGGGCAAUCAGCAGUAAUCGCCCUUGGGAUUUACUAUCUGGAAUCCCGUCUCAAUUUUAGCAACAGCCCAUUCCCACAUAAAAACCGAAUUCUGCCCUACUUUUUCGAUUUGGUCAGAAACUUGCCCCUAGCCAGAUGGACGGACAGCCAAUUGCUUUUCAGCAAUCGGUGCCUACCAACAACAGAAUGUUUUGCCUUCUCUCUAACCACCCUGCUUUGUGAUGUGGCGGUGCUUGAUCAAGAGGCCAGAGAAGAAAUUCUUGAUUUCCAGGUCACAUUCCUGAUAGAAAUCUCACAGUUGAUCCUCAGUAAGAAACAAGAUGUGGAAAGUCCAGCCAAUGUUGUUCUAUGCAAGCGCAUUGUGCCCUUGCUGUUUGGGCAUGCCAGAGCCAUGGGCCGCUUCUCUAAUGACCCUCUAUUCUUGAAGUUAUUCCCAAAACCCACUCCACCAGUUCUUGUGCAAACAGAACAAUCUUCUUCAAAGCAUCACAGCUUUUCUAAUUUCCGCUCCAUCAUCCCACAGUCGUUAUCGACCACAGUUUUUGCCAAUAUCGACUCGUUCCAUUCCACAGCCAAUAACAGAGAGGUGGAUGAUUCUUCCACAUAUUUUCGGGCCUUUGGUUCGAGUUUUGAAGUGAGCACCAAUCGUCAGUCUAUUCAGUUCACCGUUUCUCAUCUGGAAGCCAUCCUAAAAGUCGCCCAGCUAAGUCUUUUGGAGAAACCAGUUCUCAAGUUUCUGGAUGGCCUGGCCAGUGAAAUGUUUUCAUCUCAGUCUGUUUGCAAAUAUCCUUACAAGUCCUUCAGUGAGACUCUUAACUUGGUGCUGGUGACAGUCUUGAAACAAAUAUUGAGCGGGCACGGCCAGUUACCGCUCACUUUCAUGACCGAUAUUCAAGAAUUGGUUCGAUCGCUUUUCACAUCGGGUCAAACGGAAUUGCAGAGUCGUCAUUUCGACCAACACAAGCAUUUAAUGAUGGAAUCCAAAGCGACCAGCAACACCUUAACGAGUGCCACUAGAUACCGAUUGACAGUGCAGGCCAAUGCCUCGUGUGUUGAUUUGCUUGUGUGGGCCGCUAUGGAAGAAGUGACGGCAGAGAGCGUUCUUAAUCGACUGGCAGAAAAAAUCCACUCGAAGGACAAUAAUCACCUCAUCAUGGCUCACUUGCCAUUGCUUUUAGUGUGUCUGAAAGCCCUCGGUCAAUUGGCCGUCAAAUUCACUCAUCUGGCGUCCAACGUCAUCGCGUGUCUACGUGACUUUUUAGUGGGCCCGUCGCCCAUUUUGCUGCGACUCCAUCACCAAUCGCAGCCGCAAAACCCAAAUCCGGAAGAUCCGCUAGCUGUUUCAGCGCGGGCAGCAUUCGAGCGACUCCGAGAGGCUAGUAUCGACAAUCUGUGCCUGGCUUUAAAGGCCGGCAUGCAAGUGGAUCCCAACUGCGUGCAAGCGUUCCUGGCCACCGUCUCCAAUCGCCUGUUCAUGGCAGAGAACUCUGAUAAUGAAAGCGCUCUCAUAGCCAACAACACAGUCAUCACUUUGGGUCACGUGGCUGUGACUCUGAAAGAGACGGCCCGCACUGCCGAGUCUAUUUUGCAGUUUUUUCAGGUUCGAUUUUGUCAUCCUCCGUCUUCGCUGGACGUUCUCAUAGUCGAUCAGCUCGGCUGUAUGGUGCUGGCCAAAAGUGAAGUUCACAUAUGCGACGAAAUAAUGCGAAUGUUUACAUCCAUCACGGUAGAAGAUUGCAGUACGAUUUAUUCUUCGUCGGCUCAAGGUGGUGAAAUAACGGACAAGACCAAAAAUCAAUACCGGCACGUUUCACAGGCCGUCUUGAAUGCAUUGGCCAAUGUGGCCAAUGGCAUCCAGGGAGAAAACGAAACCAACGAACUCUUGGUCAAAUUGCUGGAACUCUUUGUCCAGCUGGGUCUAGAAGGCAAACGAGCUUCCGAGCGAUCCGCUUCUCUCAUGAAAGCAUCGAGCAGUGCUGGCAAUUUAGGAGUGCUGAUACCAAUUAUUGCAGCCGUCAUCCGACGGAUGCCCAGCAUGGCCGGUGCUGGCCCAAUCAAACCUCGCCUACACAAAUUAUUCCGCGAUUUCUGGCUCUAUUGCGUCGUCAUGGGGUUUACGCUUCAAGAGUCGGGACUUUGGCCUGCCGAAUGGUAUCGCGGCGUGGUUGAAAUUGCCGUCAAAUCGCCGUUGCUCGUCUCGCAGACGUCACUGCGCUCCGAGUUGCGUGAACUGCAAUACACGUCGGCCUUGCGCAAUGAGAGCAUCUCGGUCAACGAACUGACAGAUUUGAAAAAUCAAAUCCUUCAUUUGUUGGACAAUCCACCUGAUGUUGUUCCAUUAGUGAAGAACCUCUCAUUUGCCCAGUCAUGCUAUCUCUUCUCCGUUUACAGUCUCGAAACUCUAAGGGUGAAACAUGCAGCGAAUACGAGUUUCGACGCCAUUUUCGAGUACUUGUGCGAUCCGGUGAUUCAGAAAGACAAGUCGGGAAUGUGGCAAUGUUUACUCAGUGUCGGCGAGCGAGUCUUUUCCAUUUUCCUGGAUGUCUUAUCAUCGAAACCGAAGGACAGUCGGCGUGAGACCGAACUGGAACGUCACGCUCAAUAUCUUCUGGUGCUAUUCAACCACGUCCAACGUCAAAUCCGCAAAGUGGCCGAUCGUUGCCUCUCUUCGUUGGUCGAUCGUUUUCCUCAUCUCCUCUGGAACCAAAAUGUUCUUUUCGCUAUGCUGGACAUUUUAGAAGUUUUGAGUGGCUCCCUCCACUUGGAUCCGUAUCAGGGUCCUAGCCGGUUGGCUGUGCCAAAUUCGCCUCAUUCCAUCGUCUUGAUGGACACGCAAGAAGCUCGUGAAGGAAUCGUCAAAGAUUUUUCUGAUCGUUGUCACGAAAUAUUGGCCGAGGCAAUCAAAUGGGCCCCAGAAUCAACACGUGCCCGUCUGCAAGAAUAUUCACAUCGCCAAGGUGGAUCCAGUUCGGGAGUAUUGGGCCAUCACGCUGGAAUGGCUUUGUUAAUAACCGAAUCGCUCCACACUUUCGCCUCUCUCAACUGCCAAUGUUCUCCGCUGGCCAAACAGACACUGGACAAGCUCCCGUCUUGCGUCAAGUGCGAUUCGCCGCGAUUCGUCGCCGUUCUGGGCAAACGAAACCGAUAUUCCGGACAAGUGGCUGGAAUGUUUAGUUGUCUGGAAUCGGAUGCGGGUGCCAAACAAACGACCAAGGAAAUGGAGGAUAGGUUAUCCAAACAGUUGAUGGAAGAUAUGCGACAUUCCUGUCUCGCAAAGGACGAGACGGCCCACUGCCGGGCAUUAUGGUGCAUUGCUGCGCUUCUAAUUCGAAUUGAGGGCGUCUGUCGGCCUCUACUGCACUCGAUUGCGUGGUCUCAUUUGGAACUUUUCACCAGUGCAGCUGUCAGUGCCGCUGUUGAAUGUUGGCAGUGGAUCGUUUCGGCCAGACCCGAUCUCGAAUUUUGCUUCCUGCAGGAAAUGUCUGCCGCCUGGCAAUACGCGUUUGAAAAGCGAAUGGGACUUUUCGCUGUCGAAGACGAAGACGCUAUCGUCAACCCUCUGGCCGUCCACGAAGGUGCCCAAUUGCUUUCGGUGCCUCCUCUGGUCGAGCCGCAUGACUUGUGGAUCCGAUUUCUCAUCGAACGCAUUGAAAUCGCCAAACAUUGCAGUCACGAUCAGGUCGAAUUAUUCGCCCAGAUGUUCGACGUGACGUUACCAUUUGACGUGGGCAGCCGUAAACCACGGAUGAGUCGCCAUCCAGCAGCGGCUGGAACCCGCUAUCGUUUGCUGCAAUGCGCCCUUUCGUUGCUUCAGGGCGAUAUGCUGGCCCGUUCGCUAUCCAAGAACCUUUUACGCGAAAGGGUCUAUCAGACUUGCCUCGACUAUUUUUGCUGCCGGCCUCAAUGCCCCAACAAGAAACGGAUGCCCGAAUUGAGGGAAGACGCUUUGUCCAUGAUCCGUUUUUGGCAUACGAUGCAUUCAGAUAAAAAGUAUCUGAAACAAAGUCUCAUCGGCACUGAUCAGGCCGAUGACACCAUUUCUACAUUUUCAUCCAAUUACCAAUUGACGGGUAGUGGAGCCGGUACGUCAUCAUUAGCCGGUGACCGGGCCGGCAGUGCGGCAGGAGGGGCAAAUAGCAGCACUUUACAGCCACCCGGUUCUACCCGGAAUAAUUACGAUGUCCGAUCGAGUGCGUCGUCGACCGAUUUGAGCCGCGGUAUGGCCGGCGCUGGAUGGGCCAACACGGUUCCAUUGAACAAUGCCACUGCCAUGAGCUCGUUGUCCCGACGUGUCAACCGGAUGAAGCGGACAACCAAUCCGGAUAACUUUGUCAAAGAUUACAUCAAGAAACGCAAUUUGAUUUUGUCUUUAUUGGCCGCUGAAGUGGAAUUCUUUUCGACGUGGUUGAAUCCGCUCUCGUUGCCGGAGUUGCAGUUGCCCGGUGAGGAUGUGGUCAAUUCGUGGAGGGCGCAGCAAAUCACUGAACGAGUUUGGCGCGACAAUGUGCGACUGGCCUGGGACAUCAGUCCAGUUUUGGCCGUACGUAUGGCUGCACGACUUCGUGCCGCCCCUGGAGUGGAACGUGAAAUCCAGCGACUUGUCCAGCUGACACCUAGCUGCGUGGCCCACAUUCCGGAAGCCCUAGACUAUCUCGUCACGCCGGACAGUAUCAUCAACGAAUCGCCUGAAUUGACGCACGCCCUCUACUGGUCACGCGUUCACCCGGUCAAAGCGCUUUCGUUCUUUUCUCGUCAGUAUCCGCCUCAUCCCAUCACAGCUCAAUAUGCUGUUCGCUGCCUAAAUUCGUAUCCACCGGAUGCAGUGCUGUUCUACGUUCCGCAACUGGUGCAGGCCGUCCGCUACGACAAUAUGGGAUACGUCGUGGAAUUCAUCAAAGUGUUGGCCCAGAAAUCGCAGCUGGCGGCUCAUCAACUCAUUUGGAACAUGCAAACGAACAAAUUCACUGACGAAGAAGGUCACACCAAGGAUGAAGAUUUGUACGACAUGCUGGAAAGUCUGAUUGAAUCCAUCGUUACGUCACUCUCCGGACCGGCCAAGAAAUUUUACGAACGUGAAUUCGAUUUUUUCGGCAAAAUCACGGCCGUCUCGGGUGACAUUCGACCUUUCCCCAAAGGAGCCGAACGUAAAAAAGCAUGUUUGGAACAACUGUCGAAAAUUGCCGUUCAGCCUGGCUGUUACCUUCCAUCGAAUCCGGAAGCGCUGGUCAUAGACAUUGACUACAACAGUGGGACGCCGAUGCAGAGUGCGGCCAAAGCCCCGUACCUGGCCCGUUUCCGGGUGUUGCGUUGCGGUUUGCUGGAACUCGAGCACCGCGGACUAACGAGCGACGACACUCCUUCUGCAACUUGUAACGGAAACAAACAAAAUGCCGACAUUGAAAACAGCAAUUUGGUUUGGCAAGCGGCUAUUUUUAAAGUGGGUGAUGACGUCCGACAAGACAUGCUGGCCCUUCAGGUUAUUUCGCUGUUCAAAAACAUUUUCCAGCAAGUCGAUCUGGAUUUGUUUCUUUUUCCUUACCGAGUGGUGGCCACUUCGCCUGGUUGCGGAGUCAUCGAGUGCGUCCCCAAUGCCAAGUCACGCGACCAGCUAGGCCGCCAAACAGAUGUCAAUCUCAACGACUACUUUAUCAACAAAUAUGGCGACGAAAUGACCCAAGAAUUUCAAACGGCUAGGAGGAAUUUCAUUCAGUCAAUGGCCGCCUAUUCUCUGGUCGGCUUCCUUCUGCAGAUCAAAGAUCGACACAAUGGCAACAUUAUGAUCGACGGCGAAGGGCACAUUAUUCACAUCGAUUUCGGCUUCAUGUUUGAAAGCUCGCCCGGUGGCAAUUUAGGGUUCGAGCCGGAUAUCAAGCUAACCGAAGAAAUGGUGAUGAUUAUGGGCGGAAAGAUGGAAGCACCGCCCUUCCGCUAUUUUAUGGAGCUGUGCGUACGCGCUUACUUGGCUGUGCGUCCUUACCGCGAAGCCAUUGUUUCGCUGGUCUCGUUGAUGCUCGACACCAGACUGCCCUGCUUUCGUGGACAAACGAUCAAACUGUUGCAGGCACGUUUCGUUCCCAUGGCGUCCGAUCGUGAAGCGGCAAAUCACAUGAUCAACAUUGUUCGCUCCUCGUUCCGUAACAUCCGCACUAGGACUUACGACAUGAUUCAAUAUUAUCAGAAUCAAAUUCCUUAUUAGUAAAAUUUACGUGUUCAUUAACAAAUUAAUCGAAAGAUUCCUUAACGGUUGUUGGAUCAGACUAGUCCAUGUUUUACCUAAAUGUAUUGUUCAAUGAAUAUAUAAUAUAUAUAUACACACUGGG